AUAAUCUUUGGUUUCACCACCACCUCUCCCUUCUUUUCCCCUCUCACCUCACCACUCCCUCUCUCUCCUUUCUUCACUCUCAUCUUGGAUCCACCCAUCAUUUUCACAGAUCUCUUCAAUUCAUAUCAAAUUAAAAAUAUCUUCAAAAAUUUUAAUUUUUUUUAUUUUAUAAAAUUAUAAAAUCAUGAGCUUGGUGGGUCCAGCUGUAUCUAGUGCGAAUGGAAACGUUGAUGAAUAUAUUACCCAGCUCAUGCAAUGCAAACCCUUAUCUGAACAAGAGGUUAGAGUGCUAUGUGAGAAGGCUAAGGAGAUUCUGAUGGUGGAAAGCAAUGUACAGCCUGUUAAAAGCCCAGUGACAAUAUGUGGUGAUAUUCAUGGACAAUUCCAUGAUCUUGCAGAGCUCUUUCGCAUUGGAGGGAAGUGCCCUGAUACAAAUUAUUUAUUCAUGGGGGAUUAUGUUGAUCGUGGUUAUUACUCAGUCGAAACGGUGACAUUACUGGUGGCCCUCAAAGUGCGGUAUCCUCAACGCAUCACCAUAUUAAGAGGAAACCAUGAAAGUCGCCAGAUUACUCAAGUUUACGGGUUUUACGAUGAAUGCCUACGAAAAUAUGGUAAUGCUAGCGUGUGGAAGACAUUUACGGAUUUGUUCGACUAUUUUCCACUGACUGCAUUGGUUGAGUCUGAAAUUUUUUGCCUUCAUGGUGGAUUAUCUCCUUCAAUUGAGACCCUUGAUAAUAUAAGAAAUUUUGACCGUGUUCAAGAAGUUCCGCAUGAGGGGCCAAUGUGUGAUCUUUUAUGGUCUGACCCAGAUGAUCGGUGUGGUUGGGGUAUCUCACCACGUGGUGCUGGAUACACAUUUGGUCAAGACAUAUCUGAACAAUUUAAUCAUUCAAAUGGCUUAAAGCUCAUUGCUAGGGCACAUCAGCUGGUUAUGGAGGGAUUCAACUGGGGUCAUGAACAAAAAGUAGUGACAAUCUUUAGUGCACCAAAUUAUUGUUACCGUUGUGGGAAUAUGGCUUCCAUUCUUGAGGUAGACGACUGCAAGGGCCACACAUUCAUUCAGUUUGACCCAGCUCCUAGGAGGGGUGAGCCAGAUGUAACUCGUCGGACACCGGAUUACUUUUUAUGAGGUAGCAGGUGCAGUCUCUUUUGGUCCACCUUUUGCCCGUUAGCCACAAUGAUGCGUUAUGUGAGUACCAUGUAAGAUGGGUGGUGAUGCUUCAUUUGGCAUAAACCAAAUGGGGCUGAAACUCCUGGGAAAGAAAUGCAGCAAUCCUUGGGACUCUUUUGCAUCAUCAUCUAGCAGUUCCUUUCAGCUCUGAUUUAUUAUGUCUGUUGUUGGUAGAAGCAUAAAGCUGGGUGAGGAUAUAUAGAAGAAAAACAAUUUAACGUUGUCUUUUUGUUGAUGCCUGAUAUUGUUUUUUUUUUGCUAUAUUUUUUUACUGUAGUUAAUGAACACUUGCUGUUAACUCACUAUUGUGCAUCUGUUGGUAAUUCUUGAGAGGUCUCUGUUGUCCCUUAA